AUGACCCUCCAGCAGUCGAAAGCGUUCUCCGAUGACGUUUUGUGCCUCGAGGUAUAUGGGAUAGAGCAAGAGUGCCUUAGCGUUAUUGAUGUCCCAGGAAUAUUCAAGAGAACGGCACAGGGUGUUGCGAGUAAAGCGGACAUGCAGAUGGCCAAGUCAAUGAUGCAGGGUAUAUCGAAAUUCCGAGGAACGGAGAUAGCAGAAGAAGUCGACCCGCAUAGACAGAGGACGCUAGGCGUUCUCACCAAGCCUGAACUCGUGGAUAAAGGUGCAGAGAUGGCCGAGGGUAGAUUUGAUUGA